ACCUCGCAUCAGUACCGUCGUUGAAACUAGGCCGGUGGUACGAGGCGCAAAGUAGAUCGCGACGUGACGGAAAGAAAAAAAAUCACCAACACGCGUUCCUUCCGGUCGCAGGAGUGCUUUGUUCUGUGGUUUAGUGGCCUGGGAUAGCAUCCAUGUACCCCAAAUCAGGGAGAUAGAACGUCCACAGCCAAGUGCCCGAAAUGGACCAAUCGACGCAAGUCAACUUCCCCAUAGUCUCCAAGAACCAGCACCGGAAGAUGAGGAGGCACAACACGUCGGCAGACCUUUUCCUGAACCAAAACAAAAUGAUACCGCUAACUAAUUCGUGGUCCCAGUUGAAGCCCAUCGCCCUUAGACCGAAAUCACUAAAUUUUUCAACGGAAGCCUUCAACAGGACGAAACUGAUGUACGCCUCGGAGAGCCCUCUGUCUAGGCUGUCUCACCCGGGGUUGGACACGCCGGUCGGGUCCAUAUCCAGGGAGAGAACGCCCCCCUUCUCCUGCAGCUCGAGCGUGACGUCGAACGGAGGCAUUUCGUCCUACAAACCUCCCCCCUACGCGUUACAUAAGAAAAUGCAAGACGACGAGAGCAGCGGCUCCGUCAGCGGCUCCAAGUGCUGCUGCAGGUGCUACGACGUGGAGUCAGGAAGGAUCAACAGGCAACUGUCCAACACCCCCGAAGGGCUGUCCUGGAGGCGACUGCACAUGUCCCGGGCGAAACUAAAAGCUACGGCCACCACUUCCGAACUCCUUUCGGGCUUCGCCAUGAUAGCGAUGGUAGAACUUCAAAUAAACACGCCGACGAACGUCCCGGAAUGGCUGUUCGUCAUGUUCGCCGUAUGCACGACGGUGCUCGUCGCCGUGCACAUAUUCGCGCUGAUGAUAUCCACGUACAUCCUGCCGAACAUAGAGGCCAUAGCGAAGCUGGAGAUCUGCGAGAUGGUGAAGGAGAGCCCGCACGAGAGGAUGAAGGGAUUCAUAGAGAUCGCUUGGGCUUUUUCCACGAUUUUAGGCCUAUUCCUGUUCCUGAUAGAGGUAGCCAUCCUGUGCUGGGUAAAAUUCUGGGACUACUCGUUCACGGCGGCGGUGGCCGCCACCGUGAUAGUCAUCCCGGUGCUCAUAACGUUCGUCCUGUUCGCCGCCCACUUCUACCACUCCCUGGUCGUCUACAAGUGCGACAAGUCGACCAGCGACAUGGAAAAGUUAGAGGAUAUCAAGAAACACCUGGACGAGGCUACGGUCACCGUCUAGGCGACCUAGUUAAGCUUGUUCCUGCUUCGACACGGAAGGAUCGAGAGCGAUAUGGUUCAAUUUUUAAGGAAUCGGAUGUACUUAAUCCGACUAUCGAAUCUUUGCCGAAUAGUCCAGUUACUCAGAGUUUUUACCUCCGAAUAGGCCCAUUCAGUGAUAUAUAAUUUUAAACUU